GGGGGAGAGGGAGUGGGUGCCAACCAGGCGGGGCAAAGGGAGGGGCCCUCUGGUCUGGGCCUGCCCCGCCCCCAGACCUGCCUGCCCCCUUAUCAGGGGCUGGGCAGGGUCUCCCCUGACUCUGACCGGACUGUGCACUCCCGUACCUGGAACUGCUGGAUCCUCCGUGCCAUGGGGACCCUGGAGACCCUUCUCCUGCUCAGCGCCCUGCUCCUGUCGCCGGCUGAGGCCCAGCAGGCCUCAGAGCGUCAACUGAAGCCAUGGCUGGUGGGCCUGGCUUCUGUCGUGGGGUUCCUGUUCAUCAUCUUCAUCCUCAUGCUGGCCAACCGUAUCUGGUGCUCCAAAGAGAGAGCUGAGGAUGAAGAGGAGUCCGCAUUCAGAAUGGAUCCCUACUUGAACGAGGAAGUGGACCUGAGUAAAGAAGACAAGAAGGGGAAGAAAGAGAAGGAGAAAAAGGCCGAGAAGGAAGGAGAGAGAAACUUGGGGCUGGAGCUGGAGGAGAAAGAGGAGCGCAGAGACCAGGAGAAAGUCAAGAACGUGGCCAUGUGAAGACUCCUCAGCCGCUGCCUCCAGGCAGCCCCCCAGAGGUGCCCCUUCCACACCCUAGAAGCAAUGACCUGAACCUGAAGCCACUGCAGUGACUCCAUCUGGGGUUGAGAGUACAGCGUCCUGAAUGAAGAGGCUUGGGACCACCCCUCCCACCUCAAGGAGGGAUCUUUGUGCGUUAUGUGGUCUAUAUGUGUUAUGAUUUGUACCACUUGCAUUUGGAGAGCAUUCCUGGUUACUGAGAAAACCCUAAUCCCUGCAAUUUCAUGGCCCCUCCUGCUUCUACCCAUUGCCUGAUUUCUUUGCCCUCUGCCUGAUAUCUAUCUGCCAGAGCCUCCUCCCUCCCACUCAGCUUCAGGACCAGUAUCGGCCAGGGACUGCCUCUUGGGGAAGAGCCCUUCAGAAGCGCUACUGUCAUCCCGUGGGACUUAGUUUCCCCUUGAGGAGACAGCUUUUGGGGUUGGGGGUAACGCCCAGGCAAGGGUGGGAAACCAAACUCCAUGGUGCCCAGAUACCCUGGGCAGAUUAAGCGCUCCCCCCUGCAAUCUCGAUUCUGCUGUCCUGAGCCCCGAGGGCCGUCUCCAAGGAAAGCCUUGCUCCCCCCAUCAACCCAGGGUUUUGGGUCACGUGACUCCAUUUCUGGGAACUGGGUCUUGGAGGGUGCGGUGCCCCCACGUGCGCGAUCUUGGAAAGGGACAGGGACUCUCUCCUCCCUGUUUCCAACCUCCCCCCCUCUCCUCACUUUCUCCGGGCCCUGGACCUUGCCCUGGAUGUUAACCAUUUCCUAAUGAGAACUUUGAUAAAGGCUGGCAUUUAGGGCUCCCUUGUGGAGCAGGUAGCCGGGGUUGGUAGGAUCCAGUCCAGAAGGCGGGGAGCUUCUGUCUGAGAAUAUCCCAGGAUCGUCCACCAGGGGGCAGAAAAACCAUAAAUAAAAAAAUGUAAUAAUCUCCCUAA